AUGAAGAUACGCUCUGAUGCAGGCAGGAUGAGGAGGAUCUAUUAUAGCAUCACCGGUCCUGGAGCAGAUCAGCCUCCUGUUGGUCUUUUCACCAUGGACAGAGACACUGGUCGUCUGUAUGUCACACAGGAACUGGACAGAGAGAAACAGGACAAGUACCUGCUCACAGUCCAUGUUACGACAGAGGAAGGUGCAACUGCAGAGGAGCCAAUGGAAAUUAAAAUCAAUGUAAUUGACCAGAAUGACAACAAACCUGUUUUCAGUCAGUCCAUCUAUGAGGGAGAAGUUCCAGAGGCGUCACAAAGAGGUUUUAAGGUGAUUCAGGUCGUGGCCACCGAUGCUGAUGCACCAAAUACUGACAACUCUGAUAUCAGGUACUUUAUAAUGAGCCAGAGCCCAGAGCCGCCCAACAUGUUUACCAUCAACCCAUCAACUGGAGACAUCAUAGUUAAAGAAGCUGGACUGGACAGAGAGAAAAUCCCUCAAUACAAACUGAAAGUAAAGGCAGCCGACAUGAAAGGAGAAGGUAAGACUGGAUUUGCCGAAGUGAUCAUCAAGGUGACGGACGGCAACGAUCACGAUCCGGUCUUUACAGAACCUUCUGUCAGCAAGGUCACAGCUACAGUGAGUGACUGCACUGGAGAAGUAGUGACCCGGCAGGAGAAUACUGUCGGUGGCUCCAACCAGUCAGCAUCCUGGGAAUACUGAAAGGCAUCCUCAUGCUGCUGUUCAUGCUGGGGCUGCCGUUCUUUCUGUUUGUGAGGCGAAGAAAAGCAGCAGAGGAACCUGUUGAAUUCAACCAUCUCCACGUCAAAGACAAGUUUGAGGAAGAGAUGAUGGACGACAGAGAGAACAUUCAGGGAGGCGGUUCUGACGCGCAAGACCCGGAAUAUGACUAUCUGAAUGAAGAGGUUCCCGUUUAAGAAACUGCCUGAUACUAAAAGAGGAGAACAGAAUGAAGUCAUAUUGUACAUGUUUGGUGAAUUUGAAUAUUAAUGAGAAUUUUUUCAAUGUCUGCUUUCAGUUUAAUCACCUUUGUUCUACAUUAGUUGUUGCUGAAAGAUAAAAUAAGUUUUUAUUUUGGAGUUUUUUGUUUGCCUUUUGGACAGAAAUGACAUGUGAAAGAUGACAUUUAUAUUUUUGUUUUCCAAUACAGAACUUACUGUAUUUAUUGAACACACGCCCUCAUUGGCAUCGAGAUUCAUCGGUGAAGUCUGUGCAAAACUUGAAAACUUUAUGGACAUCUUUGGUAUUCUACAAUUCAGCCCAAAAUUAUUUACACACCUGUCAGAUUUAGCUUAAGUAAUCUUGAAA